CUGCAGCCGCCGCCGCCGCCAGCGCCGCCAUGGUCUCCGGCAGCCGCGGCCUGUCCGCCGCCCGCCUCCUGUCGCGCACCUUCCUCCGAAAAGAUUUACCUUUUUGCUCAUGUAGGAUUUUGGGAAUGUACCAGGCACUUUGACACCCAGUCUACAGGCAUCACCUCAUAUUAACAUCACAGCCUCCUCGUGGGCAGCUGUUAUUCCAUUUACAGAUGGGAAGACUUAAGGCUAAGGGAGAUCAAAAGAUAUGCCUGGGUCACAUCACUGUGCAACAGAAUGGAAUUCGGCAUUCAUCUUAUGUAGCUUCUCGGAAAAAUCUCUACGUUGAUAAAAAUACGAAGGUUAUUUGCCAGGGUUUCACUGGUAAACAGGGCACUUUUCAUAGCCAGCAGGCAUUGGAAUAUGGCACCAAACUUGUUGGAGGAACCACGCCAGGAAAAGGAGGCAUGACGCACCUUGGAUUACCGGUCUUUGAUUCUGUGAAGGAGGCCAAAGAAAAGACAGGAGCAACAGCUUCUGUCAUUUAUGUCCCUCCUCCUUUCGCCGCUGCUGCCAUUACUGAAGCCAUUGAUGCAGAAAUUCCCUUGGUUGUGUGCAUUACUGAAGGCAUCCCCCAGCAGGACAUGGUGCGGGUUAGGCACAAACUGUCACACCAAGGAAAGACGAGGCUUGUUGGACCAAACUGCCCUGGAGUCAUCAAUCCUGGAGAGUGCAAAAUUGGCAUCAUGCCCGGUCAUAUCCAUAAGAAAGGGAGAAUUGGUAUUGUGUCAAGAUCUGGUACUCUGACUUAUGAAGCAGUUCACCAAACAACAGAAGUUGGAUUGGGGCAGUCUUUAUGUAUUGGCAUUGGAGGUGAUCCUUUUAAUGGAACUGACUUUAUUGACUGCCUGGAGCUCUUUCUGAAUGACCCACGCACAGAAGGCGUCAUACUGAUUGGGGAAAUUGGUGGUCAUGCAGAAGAGCAUGCUGCAGAAUUUCUGAAGCAACAUAAUGCAGGUCCAACAGCCAAGCCUGUAGUGUCCUUCAUUGCUGGUUUAACUGCUCCUCCUGGCAGAAGAAUGGGUCAUGCAGGGGCAAUUAUUGCUGGAGGAAAAGGUGGAGCUAAAGAGAAGAUUGCUGCCCUUCAGGAUGCUGGAGUCGUGGUCACCAUGUCUCCUGCACAGCUGGGAACCACAUUAUACAAGGAAUUUGAAAAGAGGAAGAUGCUGUGAAAGAGAAAACACAAGGUUCUUCAAGCUGUUGCCUGAGUUAUGAUAGAUUCUGAGCCACCGCAGUCUGCUGUUGUCCAGAGUCAGGCCAUGCACCUGAUGCUGGCCUUUCAGUACAGCAAAGCCUGGACAAGGGUUAGAAUGGCCUGAACUGAGAUAUUUUCACCUGUUGUAUAGCAGAGAUGGACAAUAAAUCUAUCAUUUGAUUUCAA